AUGAGAGUGAGGCAGACGGUAUCACUCUUUCCCGUGUCAGAGAAGACCGAAUGGUAACGUCUUAGCUGUCUCCAUUUUAUUAAGGCAACUGAUUAAUAUUUACCGUUUCUACUGGUUCGUAUAAGUCAUGGACAUCCUUUAGAAUGAUCAGAAUGAAAGGGACUCGGAAAAGGACCGUUUCAAAGGGUAUAUUAAGACAAAGAAUUCGGGAGGAUUACGCAAAGUGCCGCUGCCAGAGACAUUGAGUCUUACAUAAACCUAAUGGGUCAUCUAAAUGUUGGUCAUGAAUAUGCUUCAUUCGCCCGAGAUCAAGAAAUUCAUCAUCAGCACUGACGUCGAUGUGUUAAAAUCAGCUAUCAACUUUCUCUUUCGUCGGUUGCUCACUUGUUUUGAGACUCGUAAUUUCAAAACAACCCCAACGAACUCAUUCUGCAGACAAUGGAUGCUGGGAUUCAAAACCACACCGAACAUUAUGUGCACGACCCCUCCAACCCGACCGCACCGGGAUUGUGUGCGGAAAUGCUCGGGGUUGCGGACGAGGCUUGCCGGGCUGGGGACUUCGAUCUGGCCGCGGAGAUCUAUAUCUCUCAGCUCGCCGAGCUCGAACACCCCGACCGUGGCCUCUGCCUGCGGAAAGCUGACGCUCUAGCCCGUGGGGGACGCAUAGCCGAUGCGCUGGACUCGUAUUGCAUUGCUGCAAACCUCCAGGCACUGAGACCUGACGAACUGCAGAUUUUAGUUGAAGUUAUAGCACAUACGAUACGCACUAAAGAGCAGAGUGACAGGAAGACAAUAAGCGGGGGCUCUACCUUUGAAAGCAGAUGUUUUGAGAGUGAUGAGUUAGACGAUGAACAGAACUUGGACUUGUUUUCAUGCCGCGUUUGCAAGUGCUUAUUGACGGAACCAACGUCCUUGGUGUGUGGACACACUUUUUGUAAGUGCUGUCUGGAAGAUGACCUUUCAAAAGACUGCAGAAGCUGCCGUUUAAAACCCAACAAAUCACCCAGAGAAUUUACUUUGGGCGGACUCAGAGUAAAUGUUAUUGCCAGUGGCUUGAUUGAAAAAUGGUUCAAUUCGGAAAGCAAAGCGAGACGAUACUGGUUGGAAGGGGAAGGUCUUUGGAAAAAACAGGACGUAUCCAAUGCAAUAAUGAAGUUCAACAAGGCGAUUGAACUAGAGCCCUGCAUAUGUCAGCUCCUGGCUCGGCGGGCAGAGCUGCUCAUGGAAAUGAAGAAUUUUGGCCAAGCCAUCAAAGAUGGGGACACCAUGUGCCAACUCCGUCCCCAGUGGCCAAAGGCUCACUACAUUAAGGCUACAGCGUUUAGGAGCGCUGGCCGCAAUGAGGAGGCUCUACAAGAGUAUUUCUACUGUUUGGCUCUGAAAUUUGACUGGAUUGCUGUAAAACUGGAGGCCCAAAAGAUCCUGAGUCAUAUGUUCUCUUCGGUCUUUGCAAAUAAUGGUCUGGCCACGUCCAUGCAGCCCCUUCCAGUUGGAUCCACCUCUUGUAUCAAACCUUCAUCCCUCCUCAACUCUCUUCACUCCUCUCUUCCUAGAGAUGGAGUCAAAGCAGGCUGCUCCAAGGAAGCAACACUCAAUUGCAGCAAGUUCAAAGAUGAGAACUCUUCUAUUUUACAAAGCUCUGAAAACGUGAACUCUGUUGGCCUCAGUUCACUUUUUGCUCAGCCAGUCCUAAAAAGGAAAUGGACCGAAGAUGUUAAGGCCUUUGACCCACCCAGAAAACAGCUUAAAGAAGAUAAGGCAUCUUCACGUAAAAUUCUCCCUACUUUUUCUGGGGGGAGGCAAGUUCAGUCACAGCUUUUGGACAGUGCAGAUUUUGAAUGUUCUCUCUGCAUGAGACUAUUUUAUGAGCCUGUCACCACACCCUGUGGACACACAUUCUGCCUCAAGUGUUUGGAGCGCUGUUUGGACCACAACCCUAACUGUCCCCUGUGCAAGGAGAACCUCUCUGAGUACCUGGCUACUAGAGCAUACAACAAAACUCUUCUAAUAGAAAAAUUAUUGCAGCGCUUCUUUUGUGAUGAGCUAGCAGAAAGACGAAGAGUACAUGAAGAAGAGAUGAAAGAAUUGUCAAACUUGAACCAGGAAGUGCCCAUCUUUGUUUGCACUAUAGCAUUUCCUACUGUUCCCUGCCCACUGCACGUUUUUGAGCCUCGGUACAGGCUUAUGAUUCGCAGAUCAAUGGAAACAGGAACCAAACAGUUUGGCAUGUGCAUUGCUGAUGAACUAAAUGGGUUUGCUGACCACGGCUGUAUGCUGGAGGUGAGGGAUGUCAAAUUUUUUCCUGAUGGACGCUCUGUGGUGGACACCAUAGGCAUUGCUCGUUUCAGAGUGGUCACUCACGGCCAGAGAGAUGGAUACAACACAGCUAAGAUUGAAUACUUGGAGGAUAAAAAGGUUGAAGGAGAGGAGUUCACUGAGCUCCUGAAGUUGCAUGACUCUGUGUAUGAUCAGGCCUUGGGCUGGUUCACCUCCCUUAAAGAUGAUAUGAAGAACCAAAUCAUCAGCCACUUUGGGCACCUGCCUGUCAAAGACUCUGACCCACAGGAUAAUCCCAAUGGUCCUGCAUGGUGUUGGUGGCUGUUGGCUGUGCUGCCGCUGGAAAACAAAGCCCAGCUGACCAUCCUCGCCAUGAAUGCUCUUAAGGAUCGGCUGAUCGCCAUCCACAGGGUCCUCAUUUUUGUAACUCGCAAGCGCCCUCGAUGAUAAAUGAGGUCUAAAUGAGAUUAUCAACACCAACCCUUAGUUUGGGAAUACUGAUUUAGGAUGGGGUUACUGACGUUUCUUCUAGCAGCCAUCUUGGUCUUGUCAUUGCAGCACGCAACCCCCACCAGUUAG